AAAAGGUUGAGUUCAGUAUCACCAUCCAUCCAUCCGCCCUUUGUCUUCAAGUUAUUAAUGACAAAGCUAAAUAUGAAGAAGACAAAGGGAGGCAAAGUCAUGAACCCUACCGAUGCCUAUCGCAAGGAGCUUCGUAAAAAGGAAUUAAAACGAAACAAGAAGGAAAGGAAGAAGGUGAGAGAGGUAGGAAUAUUGAAGAAGGAUCCCGAAACCCUUAAGGAGCAAAUCGACAAGUUGGAAGCCAUGAAGGCAGAUGGUGCGUUGGACAAAGCCAGAAAACACAAAAAAAGACAACUUGAGGAUACAUUGAAUCUCGUUAUGAAGAAACGAAAGGAAUAUGAAGAGAAAUUGAAGGAAAAAGGCGAAGCUACAGUUAUGUACAGUCACCUGGGACCACCUCCUCGUAGAAGAACUUCAGAAGAAGAAGAGAGAGCUACGCACCCACAACCCGAGGAUUCAGUUUACUAUCAUCCUCAGUGGAAUCCAACUGGUGCUCCUCCGCCUGGAAAGCCACCCAUGUACAAGUCAUCAGUAGGACCAAUAAAUCCUUUAGUGGAAGGAUCAUCAAGUGGUGCUGUGAAGGAUGAACCGGAUGACGUUGAUUUAUCUAUUCCACCACCACCACCUCCUCCUCCUUUGCCAGUUGGUGAUACCGAGUCUAAUGGUGAUGUUUCUUUACCCGCAUCUCUGCCUUUACCACCUCCUCCUCCAAUGCCACUUAAACCGGUCAAGCUAGAGUUGGAUACCAUGUUGCCACCACCUCCCGGCUCUUCAACCAAAGACCACGCCUCAAGUCACCUUGUGCUUCCUCCUCCUCCGCCACAUCAGCCACCACCACCUGGCACUGCCGGAAAUGAAAGGGAUAAAAUUCAGUCGAUAAAAUCAGAAGAUUCUCCCCAGGAAGCUAGUCAGGCAUCAACCAAGCUUCCUCCACCGCCUCCACCACCAGGGUUACCCUCUAAGUUGCCUGGAAAUCAAUCUGAAGGUGCUUCAGAAGCCAAAGAUUUUUCUAAAAUGGUUCCAUUGCCACCUCCUCCAAGACAACCUCCUCCUGGCAUGGUCCCAGUUAUGCAGCCAGGGAUGUCUCGAUUUCCACCACCGCCACCACCACCUCAAGAUAUGAGGCCACCGUUAUCUGCUCUAGGAAUUCCUGGGCAACAACCUCCUCUUCCUCCGGGAAUGAUGCCACCAAUGAUGCCAAGGCCACCUUUUGGGCCUCCCCCGAUGAUGAGGCCGCCACUUCCACCUGGCCCCCCUCCUCUUCCAAUGGACGAUUUUAUGAGACCGACUGUACCUCAAAAACCCUCAUAUGUCAAAUCAGCUGCAUCCACUGUUGUUAAGAGACCUUUAGCUCAGCAUACUCCACAAUUAACAGCUAUGGUCCCUGCAUCGGUUCGGGUGAGGAGAGAGACAGCUGUACCAAAAACAAAACCAAAGCCGUCUGUUUCAUCAGUAUCAGUAUCUCCGCAUCCUGCACCAGUUCUAACUGUUCCGAAAGAACCAACGGUUAAAGUGUCGACUUCAUCAGCAGCCAAACCUCCAAGUGUAGAUGAUUCUUACAUGGCGUUUUUGGAGGAUAUGAAAGCUCUUGGUGCUCUUGACAACUAAUGGAAGGGAAUUGUACAGGAUGUAGUGAUGGUGGUCCUGUGGGGUAAUUUGGUGCAUAGAUACAUUUCUUGUCAUCCUUUUAGUUCAAUAUUCCUUUAUGAUUUCCCUGCAAUGGAACCGUCUUGCUCAAGGCUCUUAACGGGUUCCUUGUUUUUGGAUUGUAUGGGAGCAUUCUGAACAUUAGUUGUCAUGGGCUGAACGUUAAGCCAGAUAGAUGUACUGUAAAAGGAUCUAUAUUGAUCUUCCAAAUUUAGUUUUUUUUUUUUUCAUCGCCAAGAAAAGCUAUUUAGUAAGCAAGUGCUUGUAAAAGCAUGAUGGCUUGUCAGGUUGCGGGUUUGAUUGAUGCAAACAACUGGACUGAAGAUUUGUUGAUUUAUCGCUUUAUUUUUCUUA